UGGUCGCCGAGUCAACUCGCCUUCUCUUCCCCACUCUUCUCUCCUGCUUGCCGGCCCGCCAUUAGCGGAUUGAAAGAGGAAGGAAUCUCCCCUUGCAUUCCUCCAAGAGAAGAAGAGGAGGAGGAGGAGGCGAUCGUAAGCAGAAAGGUAGCUCCUUUUAGGUUGUCGAGGAAACUUUCCUUCCCUACUUUUUGAGCCGAGCGGCGUCCCAAUGUCGCAAAACACUCAUGUUCCUAAAUUUGGGAAUUGGGAUGGAAGUAUUCCUUAUACCCAAUAUUUUGAGGAUGCUCGCAAGGGUAGAAGUGGGAAAAUAAUCAAUCCAAAUGAUCCCUUUGACAACCCUGAAGCAUUUUCUGCCAAUAUGUCACCAGCACAAUCGCCUGCACCUGCAAGUUAUUCAGAGGCCACAAAGCUUAAGGAUGCCGUAAACAUAAGGAGAGAAGGCAAUCACCGUAGGACCCCUAGUAGAGGGAGUGAUUCGUCUAACUACAGGGUUAACCGCUCACCGGUUCGUCCUAGCUAUAAGAUGAACAAUCGUGAAUUAUCAUUUUCAGAGGGUUGGUCAAGCAGUAGCAAUCCUUUCACUUCAAAAUCUGCAGGAAGAUUGAGGAUGACUAGCAUUGAAGAUGAUGCAAAGAUCAAGAGAGGCUCAGCUGUUCCCAAGUUUGGCGAUUGGGAUGAGAAAAAUCCUUCUUCAGCUGACGGUUUUACUGAUAUAUUUAACAAUGUGAGGAAAGAAAGACAAGCUCAAUCUACUACAGUUGGCAAGUCGUCUAGUGAUAAAACAUUUGUCGAUUAUCAUGGAAACACACCUAAAUCCUCGAAGGGUUAUUGGUGCUUCGGCUGGUGCAAGAAGUGACUAUGGCAUCUUUAAAAUUGCACGAACCCGAUCUCGCAGAUAUCACCUGUUACUCCUUUUUGAAACCAUUGAAGUUUUGUACCAUUGUUUGUAUCGACACUCAUACAUCUCAGUUUUCGACGAUUUGUGUCUUGGUUGGUGAUUCGGAGAGUAAUGGGUGGGUGCCAGAUAAAAGGUGGUACCCUUGUUGAUAUGGUGGUUCCAGUAAAGGGAAAACUGAGUCGACUUCUGAUUUUUUGGGUGCACCUCGGCUUCUUAACGCCACAUGGAUAAGAGGUGGUGACUCUGUUGAGAUGGUGGUUCCAAUAAAGGGAAAACAAAGUUGAUCCCAAACUUUUUGGGUGCACCCCGACUUUUUAGGCGUAUCACUAGUUGACUCCUGACUCCUUGGGUGCAACUUGGCUUCUUAGGUGCACCCUGACUUCUUGGGUGCAUCUCGGUUUCUUAGGCGUACCACGAGUUGAGGCCCUAACUCCUUAGCUACAUCCCGGCUUCUUGGGUGCACCUCGACUUCUUGGGAGCACCCCUAACUUCUUGGAUGCACCCCAACUUUUUACGCGUACCAUGAGUCGACCCUCGACUCCUUGGGUGCACCGUGACUCCUCGGCACUCCUACUCCUUGAUCUCCCGUCUUCUUAAUGACUCGACUCAGAAUGCAAAAUCAUUUUAAGAAAAGAAUAAUCAUCAUGUAAAUCUCAAACUAUUUCAAGAAAAAAAUAAUUAUCAUGUAAAUCUUAGAUUAUUUUAGGAAAAAGAUAGUAGCAUGAAAAAGUCUUGGAUUAUUUUAAAAAAAUUAAAUAAUAAUAACAUAAAGAUCAAAAUAAAAAUAAAAAGUAUAUUGUCUCCCUAUAAAGGCAAUCCUUUCUGGCAUCUGUCUAAAUGUACAUCAAAACUCUAAUACUCAUCUUACUUGUUCUCUAACUUAAGCGUCGAAGUGGCUAUGUCGAGGAACUCUUUAGUCGUCAUUCUAACCUCUUUUUUUUUGUUUGCUCCCAUCCAGGCCAUCUGAAAUCACAUCAUCAUCCUCAUUGUCAUCUAGCGAUUGAUG